AUAUUGCGCAUUUUCUCAUCGCGCAAUGCACGCAUGUGAACUAGUUUAAAAAUAAGGGUGCUGUACAAGAACGUACCAACUAUCGAGGGAUUAAACUUAUGAGUCACAUUUUUUUCGUCUAAAAAGUUUUGAAAACUUUGAAAAAGUGUGAAAAUUUUGGAGAACAAGUGGGUUUAUAUCUCAAAUACUAGUAUCAUCUACCAAAAUCUGGAAUUUCCCAUGGUCGGGCAUUGGGCACAUGGCUGGUUGCGGACUUGCGUUUCGUACGAAGGGCCGUGUGUCCAUGGGACGCUCCCACAUGGUCGAGCUGAAUCCGCGUUUCAAUACACAAAUAAUGUCUGCCGCAGCAAAGUUUUUGUGAUGAAAACAAAAAUAACAGAUCCUUCCCCUCUUAUGAGAACAACAGCUCAACUGAACUGAACUGUCUUCUUCACGCCCAUCCAAUCCAUUUCCUUCAUCCAGGUUUCUACCUUUAUUGCUCUGCUCUUCUGUAAUUUCAAUUCCAUUUUAGCUUCUUUCUAUUAGUUCAUGAAGUUGGGAGCUUUGGUUUUCUUGAAGUUGGGAACUUUAGUUUUCUGAAGUUCUGAAGAAGUUAAACCCCCCUGAAGUUGUUUCUAACUACCUGUUUGAGUAACUCGAGAAAGGAAAUGGAAUAUUUUGAAGAAGCACUUCUAUAGUUGUCAAGGCUAAAGAUGCAAAGGGUAAGAGUAUCAUCUGAACAAUCUCCAGUACAUAAAUUGGGGGAUUCCAAUAUGACAUUGUCCCCCAAAUUCAGGAUAGCCAAACUAGGAUCCUCUCUGCUAGAUAAUUCCUCUAGGGACAAUGAAUUGGCUAUGAAGGGAGAAGCCCUGGUUCCUGGACUCCCAGAUGACUUGGCUCUCAAUUGCCUCCUCCGGAUCCCAGUUGACAACCAUCUUUCCUGUAGGGCCGUUAGUAAGCGAUGGUAUUUGCUCUUCGGCCACAAGGACAAGUUUUUCUCUAGGAGAAAAGAACUCUCCUUUCACGACCCGUGGCUUUUCGUUAUGGCCUUUCACAAACACACUGGCAAAAUCCAAUGGAAGGUGCUCGACCUAACCAACUUUUCUUGGCAUACAAUCCCGUCUAUGCCAUGCAAAGAAAACGCUGCCGCACAUGGCUUCCGUUGUGUCUCCCUUCCCCAUGAUGGUGUGAUGUUUGUUUGUGGUGGAUUGGUCUCAGAUACAGAUCAUCCGCUUAAUUUGGUACUCCGAUACGAGCUCCAGACUAAUCGUUGGACAGUCAUGAAAAGUAUGAUCACCCCACGCUCCUUUUUCGGAAUCGGACUUAUCAAUGGGAUGAUAUAUGUCGCUGGUGGAAAUGGAGCGGAGCUAUUCGAGCUCAACUCAGCCGAAGUCCUAAACCCUAAUAACGGGACAUGGAAACCUGUUUCGAGCAUAGGAAUGUAUCUUUCCUCAUACGAUUCAGCCGUUAUGAAUGGGAAGCUUUUCAUAACGGAAGGCUGGUUUUGGCCUUUUUAUGUUGUUCCUAUGGGACAAGCAUAUGACCCGAAAACCGAUACAUGGGAGAGUGUACCUUGUGGACUUAGAGAAGGUUGGACCGGUUCGAGUGUUGUGAUCGAAGGUCACCUGUUUGUUGUUACGGAACAUGAAAAAGCAAAAGUUAAGGUAUACUACUUUGAGACAGAUACUUGGGAAACGGUCGAUGGGCUUCCAUUGCCAGAGCAGAUAUACAAACCCUUCUGUGUCAGUUGUUACGACAAUAGGAUAAUCGUUGUAGGUCAUAACCUUAAGGUUGCCAUCGGACUUAUUAUGAAGCGACUUAAGGAUUGUGGUAAAGAGUUUUGCUUCAGUGUUCAAUGGCAAGUUAAGGAUGAAACACCCGACAGCCUAUCUGAAUUAUCACCAUCAAGUGCACAGGUUCUCUUUGGUUAGGUCCGUUUGGUUCUGGUUAAUUUAGCUUCUUAUGCUUAUCAACAGGGUAAGUAGCUUCUGACUUGUAUUAAAAGGAUAUUAUCAUUUUUCCUUUCAGAAAAGUCAGAUUAAGCCAUUCCAAUCAAAGCAUCAUCUAUUUAUAUAUACUUGGGUUUUCUUGCAUUCAGGUAAACGAUGUUUAACUUCAAAGAGGGGUGAAAAUUGAAAUGAUGACCAAAAUAUUAUACCUAGAGUCUUAACAGUAAAAGAAAACUGGUCUUAUAAAUAUUUCGAUAAUACUGACUAAAGUUCAGUAGUACGGAGUACUUUAUAAUUUGUGUACUAUACGACACUUUUUAGAUUAUUAUUGACAAGUGAUAAUUUAAAGAGCUCAAUUAAUGUUCGUACACCCGGCUUCACAUAAUGUUAAUACUUCUUACACAUGAGUUAUUACUGUUAAGAGUUCAGAUUCUAUUCAUGGUUAAUGAAUUUGAUUUUUUAUUCCUAUUAAAAAGAUAAUACAGAAUAAUCAUUAAGGGACCAUUAUAAAUAAUAAUACAGAGUAGUAAUAAUUGUAGUAGAAUCAACAAGAAUAAUCAUAAUGACAUCGAUAACAAUAUCAACAAAAAUAACAACAACAACAACAUCCAAGCCUUAGUCCCAAACGAUAUUGGGGUCGGCUAACAUGAAUCGAUACAUGAUAUCAUCCAAAAGAAAAGAAAGGAAAUAAAGAUAAAAAAGAUAAGCUAUUAUAAAAAAGAUAAUAUAAAAUAGAUGAAUAUACAUAUAAAAGAUAAAAUAAAAAGGAUAAAGUAAUGUUUAUAUAUAAGUAUAAAAAUAUAAAAGAAAAAGAAAAAGAAAAAGAAGAAGAAAAGAGGGGAAAAAUGUCAUAAUCAACAAAAAUAACAUAAUGCGAAAAAUAUCUCUAACAUAAUCCGUAACAUUUAAUGACUUAGUUAAGUUUAACCAAAGAAAACAAAAACAAAGGAUCGUAAUUUCACCCAUAAUAACAACAUGAGAAGUAAACAUGUGAAACUAUUGAAACAUUUAUGGUUAAUUGUAAGGUGCAGAAAUAUAAGAAUUAAUAACAUACAUGCAGUUUGAUGUGACAAAGCUAAUAAAAUAAUAUUCCGUAAUAUUACACUUCUUUAAUUUAGGCAUGAUUGUUAAUAUGCAACUUGUAACCGAGCACGUAAUCAAGCCUGGUAGUAUUGCGAUUAAGGGAGUGUUUGCAAUUGUUUCAACUUUAAAAAAGUGAUUUUUUAAAGUGAUUUUGGGAAAAUUGAUUAAUAGUAAAAGUUGGUAGUGUUUGAGAAAAAAGUGAUUCUGAAAAAGUAAAAGUUGGUAGUGUUUGGUAAAAUAAGUACUUUUUGUGUAAUAGAAAAAGUGAGAAGCAGUUUAAAGCACCCUUCUACCUGCUUCCAGCUUUUAGCUUCUAAGUGAUUAAUUUAAGCAGAAGCUGUCAUUUGAAAACACUCUUUUCAACUUUUUUUAAGUCAAAAGCUGAAAAGUGCUUUUUUUAAGCAAUGGCAAACACUCUCUAAACUUAAGUGAGUUCUGAGACCCAACUUUUCCUCUUAUUCGAUUUCCUCUUGUUCGAUCCUUGUCAUUUUAAUAUGAAAUAUUUGUUGCAUUUGUUAUUUAGUCACUUGUAAAAUAUACUAUGGUACUAAUAUAAAUGUGGACAAGAUUUUUUGUAAGAUUAAAUUUAACCAGGUUAAUUCUUUAAUUUUAGACACAAAUAGUUGAAAAAAAUAAAUUUCCAAAUUAUACUUCCCCCAUACCAUAGAUUGUUUAAGAAAAAAUGGCCUAAAAUAAGAAUAAAACAUAGCCUUCUCCCAAAAAUAAUAUCAUAUGUUUGAUUUUCUCUAAAUAGGACUGAUCAUUUUAUUUCUACCCUAAUUUAAUCAACUAACUAAUUAACUUAAUUAAUUGGCCCCUAGUUCUCUUGCAUAACCAAGGUCGUUCGUUGGUGGCGGCUGGCGGGAUCUAUUCGUGGUGGUGGUAGUCGACGGCAACAGAUUUUCGCUAGCUCGGAGGGGAACUACAGGAAUUUUUCCGACAACAAGUGGCAAUCUGGCGGCAUGAGGGCAUCAAUGCUAAAGUCCUAUGAGGAUAUUUUGGUCUAAUCACAAAUAAAAAAUCGUAUUUAAGGUAUGUUAAACUAGUAGGUCAUAUUUUGGGAGAAAACCUAUGUUUUAGUCCUAUUUGGAAACUUCUCCCAUUAUUUAAUUAAAAGAAAUAGAUCAUGUAUAAUUAAAUGAGAAAAGUGUCCAAACUAAGACUAAAAUAUAGGAAGUACUUUUUCAAAAAACGGGAAUAUAUGUUUGGUUUUACCUAAAUAGGACUAAUCAAUCCAUUUCUACUCCAAUUAAUUGCUCCCUAUUUCUCUUAUAAACCCAAAUCAGUUUGUUGGUGGCGGCAGCAAACUAUGGCAGUGGCGUAGGCCUCUAACGACAGCAACAACGGAGAACAAAUUUCUGGUAGAGCGGUAGAUCGUCAUAUAGAGCCUAGUUGGUGAUCAUGUUUUUUUCAGCUUAUCAACCAACAUUUUCACAAACACGUAAUGUUUGAUUUCACAUGUUGAAUUGUAUAAUAAUAAGAAAAGUUAAGGUUGAAGUCAAGCUCAGCCCUGACAUUUGAUAUGUUGGGCCCGGGACAGUACAAAUAGAUUAGACCUAGCUUACAGAUAACCGUGUGAAGUUUAUAUUUUAUAUAAAAAAUAAUAAAUAAAAUAAAGCAAUUUUGUCAUCAAAGAAUGAUUAAAUGAGACAGUUAGAACGAUUAUAUUUAAAUACUUGAGAAGUGACGUUCGAGAUCUAAUACUAUGUACCUAAACCGGUUGAAUUGAAAAGUAGUACGAUUGUUACUUGCUAUAAAUAUUUUUAAAUUUGUAAAACAUGUGAAAGUUAUAUCUUAUAUAGUUAUAUGUAUUAACGUUUUCAUAUUUCAAAUCACAUUUUCACCUGACUAAAACAAACAGUCAAUUUUUAAAUCUGUUUACUUACAUAAAAGAAUGAAAGAACAUCAGUAAAACAUUAUCAAUGAAUCAUGUGUGCACAUGAGAGAAGUAGGUGGAGUGAUUAACAUUUACAAUUUUUUCAUAAAUUAGCUGAAUCAGUCAAUUUAGUCAUUUCAGCAGAAUCGGUCAA